CAUCCACACCCUCUUUGUCUCCCAAAGCAAUAAUCCAGGAGCGUCUCGUGAAGCAUGCCAUUAUGCGCGCACUCGCGCGGUGGACAUGAACAGACACGCACUGGAACGAGCCACGACCUCGCGUGCGCGCUCGAAGCUCUGAAUCACUUUUCAGAGGCGAAGAUGGAAAUAAUAAUUACAAAACGACAACAACAGACACGCAAUGACUCCGUUUGAGACGCGAGCAGAACGACACAACCCGCACAGGACGGACUCCUCCCAUCACGGACUCAUAUACAGACAGGUCCUGGGAGGCUCGGGCGAAGCUGCGCCUCGGCGGUGAAAGAUGGCAGAGGAAGAGCCGGGUGUUUUCGUUAACCAGGAGCAGUUCAGCUGCCCCGUGUGUCUGGAGCUCCUGCGGGAGCCCGUGACCAUCCCCUGUGGACACAGCUACUGCAUGGAGUGCAUCAGGAGCUACUGGGAGCAGACGAGCCAGAGGAGGUCGUGCAGCUGUCCGGAGUGCAGACAGACCUUCUGCCCGAGACCCGCCCUCAACAAAAACACGCUGUUUGCUGAAGUCGUCGAGAAGCUGAGACGGACCGGACUGCGUCCCCCCGCCGGCCCCGGAGCCGAGCGACACGAGUCCACCGAGAAAGACGAGCAGGACCUCGUGAUCUUCUGUCAGCAAGAGCUCAAGGAGUCGCAGAGGAGAUGCCAGCAGGUGAUAAAGGAGCGUGAGACGGAGCUACAGGAUCUGAGUCACGCCAUACUCUCUCUCAGGAGCUCUGCCCGGGCAGCGGUGGAGGAUACGGAGAAGAUCUUCAGCGAGCUGGUGCUCUCCAUCGAGGCGCUGCGCUUCGAGGUGACGGAGAUGAUCGAAGCGAAGGAGCAGCUGGAAUUAGACGAGGCGCACGGAUUCAUGGAGAAACUAGAGCAGGAGAUCGCGGCGUUCAAGAGGAGAGAUGCUGAAUACGACACGCUUGCGCGCCUCGAUGAUAAAACCCAGUUCCUGAAGAGCUACGAAGCACUGUGCACGGCGGAGCUGGUGACCUCUCCUGCCGUUCUAGUCAAUCCCGACUUCUCUUUCGAGACGGUGUCGAGAAAACUCACGUACCUGUGUGAGGACUUUAAAGAUCUGCGUCAGAAGACGCUGGAGAAACUGUCCAAAAAAGUGACAAACCUGAAGUUUAUUCCUACCCCUGAACCUAAGAUCAGAGAGCAGUUUUUGGAAUACUCGGGUCCCCUGACUCUCGACCUGAACACGGCUCACAGAAACCUCAGCGUUUCCUCAGAGACCGGAGAGGUGACGUGCAGCAAAACCUCCCUGUCCGUUCCUGACCACCCAGAGAGGUUUGACAGCUAUCACCAGGUCCUGUGCAGGGAGAGCGUGUCCGGCCGGUGUUACUUCGAGGCAGAGUGGAGCGGGAAGGGUCCCGUACACGUCGCAGUGUCCUAUGAGGACAUCGGCAGGAAAGGAAAGAGCAGCCUGUGUGCGUUCGGACACAACGAGCGGUCCUGGAGUCUGGUGUGCUCCGAGGAUGCAUACGCUUUCUGGCACAAUGGACGGGAAACGAAGAUUCCCAAAACGUGGGCCCGCAGGACUGGCGUCUAUGUUGACUUCUCUGCAGGGAUCUUGGCGUUUUACAGCAUCGCGGACUCAAUGCAUCUCAUCUACAGAAUCCGGACUGCGUUCACUCAGCCGCUCUAUCCAGGUUUCAGAUUUAACACCGGGUCCAGUCUGAGACUGUGUUAUCCACUUUAACAGCAUGAGGUUAAUCAGUUCCCGAGCAGUUAGGAGAAGUCAGGCUCCACUGGUUAACAUUAGUGAGCUAAAUUACUUUAGUUAACAAUAUAAGUGCCUCUAAAUCUCAUAUCAAUCUUAAUUUUAAUUCCAUCAUUUGCUAAUAAAAUACUAAAUACAUGUUAAAGAUCUGAGCUAACAUGGACUAACAAUGAACAUCUGUAUUUUUAUAUUUAUAUAUCUGUAUUUUAACACUUAUUGCUAGUUAAUGACCAUCUAAGAUACUAUCAUAGUAACUUUUACACAAGUGACCAACACACUCUCGUGGCAAUUUGUAACUAUUACACAUUUUGGCUAAUUUGCUUUCAUACAGUCUGCUUAUGUCCCACAGAUCGACUGGGUUGAAGGUGAACCUUUUUUAAUCUCAUAUCUGUACAAAUCACAUCACAGAAGAAAAUCAUGCUAAAUUCCCACCACAUAAAAUAAUUAUGUUUUCUCUGCGCAUGUUAAAUUUGGCUAAAUUGUAAAGAACUUUAAUUUAAUGUCCAAUUCUCAUUAUUAACAAACCCUUACAUACAACCUUUUUUCUCAGUAUGCUACUAAUUUGCUGCUUAUUAAUAGUAAGCCAGGUCAUUGUUAAAUUUAGGUAUUAGGUAGACUUAGGGAUGCAGAAUAUAUGCUUUAUCAGUACUAAUAAACAGCCAAUAUGUUAUUAAUAUGUACUCUAAUAAGCAACUAGUUCAUAGUGAGAAUUUGCUCAUGUACUGAAGUAUCACAUAAUUUUUUUAAUAAUUAAAUUUUUGGUAUUUUCACUACUAUA